CAGAGUAUUAUAAUGAUCCGAACAUCUCUAUGGAGCUUGUUAAGUUUGGCGUGGGGAGCAGCUUUGGGGGUUCGUACUUUGGAAGCGAACUGCAUAGAUUCCUGUCUGAAAGAGCAGGGGACCAGUUCACUCUGCAGAGCUUGUAAGACGGGCAACCACAUCGCAAUAAGAAGAAAAGUCAACAACACGUUCUAUUCUGUCGAGAAAUGCACCCACAUCGCACCGUGUUUUGCGGAGGGCGGGACUGACGAAGCGUGCAGUCACGGGAUUGGUCCUCCUCAGAAUCUGGUGGUAUCCCCCGGCAACCACAGCCAUUGUCCACAACAGGAGCAGCUGCUGGUACGAUGGAACCCCAGCGAGUUUGGUAUUUCGUACCUCCAGGGUUUUUUUACCCAGGUCACUGCAGAUAAGGAGUCUGUAUCAGAUUGUAAGAGGCUGAGACUUCACAAGACAGCCGAUGUCACAGAUUACAAGAAGGUAUUUGAAGUUGCAUUUUGUGUUCCUUUAAAUAGAAAUUACUCUGUCUUAGUCCAUGCGUACCCCAUACCAAUUGGAAGAGAAAAAGAUGACAAUGUAUUUGCCACCACUAAAUUCAGGCCAAGAGAUUGUGAAGUCCUGUAUAGUAAAGCUUACUGUCAAGAUUGUCAGAAUUUUUAUGGCAUUACUAAAGUUAAAUGCCUCAAAAGCUGGGUACCUGGGAAUGUAACAGUAACGGGGAUUGGUAAUAGCAUUAUAAUCACCUUUGAGAUGGCUCCAGACAGCUAUGGCAUCGAUUCCUACUGUAUUUACUACAAAGGACACCUGCAAGACUGGCAGAAUACAGCUGUGAAGCAUGAAACUGCAGAGGGAAAAAGCAGAUUGAUAAAUGUUACUCUGAAGAACCUGACGGGCAAGAUGAAUUACACUAUUUUGCUGUUCUCAGAUCUCCGUGAUUCAACACAAAUUAGACUCUACUACUACCUCCUUGGGAAUGAAAACCAGUUCAAUGGUGUUGUAUAUAUAGUGGUGUCCCUGGUGGUGUUGGCCAGAAUUGCAGUCUUUUUCUGCUCCCUUGUCGUCUACAACACGAAGAAAAAAAGUCAGCCUUCAGAGCUGUAUUCAGUUGACAGUGACAAUCUGGAUCUCAAGCCUUCCCCUGUUCUCAAUCCCGCCGCUCCCCUGGUGUUCCUCUGCUACUCUCACUGUGAGGGUCCUGGGCACACCCGGCUGGCCUUGGCCCUGGCCUGCUACCUCCAGGAACACUGCGGUUGCCAGGUGAUCCUUGACCUGUGGGAGGAGCUUGCCAUCACCUGUGUCGGUCACAUGACCUGGCUGAGUGACAGCAUCGAGCGCAGCGAUUUCGUCGUGACUCUCUGCUCCAGGAGUCUGAAGAGAAUAGUGGACAUGAGGGCUCCGUAUGAGGUCGAAUCGGGGGGCUGUCCCAUCGUCGUUACGGCUUCGCUGAUUGGGGAAAAGAUAUGCCAAUCACGCAUCAGCACGGGGGACCUCUCGAAAUUCAUUGCCGUGACCUUUGAGAGCGAAUACCAGAUACCAAGGAUCCUGGAACUGGCCUCCAAAUAUAAGCUGAUGGAAGACUUCCCCAAGCUGUUCUCCCAUCUCCACUCCCUUGAACUUUACAGCCCGGAUUCUGUGCUACAAGUCAGCAAUAUAACUGAGGAAGACUACUUCUCAGUCAGAUCAGGGUAUAUAUUGUACUCUGCUCUCAAAGAAGUAGGUGUAGUGCCUAAUAACAUACUAGCCAACUAGUCCAAUAGUAAAGUGACCUUAACCCUUUGUCGACUUUUCGCACAUCACGUGAUUGGGAAGUGAAGCGGUUUCAGAUGCAGUUGUAGUUGCAAUCGGCUAACAUGUAAAUAACAUUUUAGAACAUUAAUAAUAGUUUUUUUUUAAUUCAGUGGCUAAACAGCAAACUCAGAAAUAGGGUGACUAGUCAGCCAAUAAGAUGGUUAUUUUUAUUUCAGCUCCUCAAUAUCAAAGGUGCAGUUCUACCUCCACAAGGAAGCAUUGGUGAAGGGCUUGAUUUGUUAAAGCAUCUUCCAAAACACAAAACUUUCUUCUCCUCCUCCUACACGAAGCAGUGAAGCAAUGUUCAAUCUGGUUAGCUAUUCGUCUCUUGGAUUGGGAUCUGCUUAGAGAUCACAAAGUUAAAAACAGCAGCAGAGUCAGUAUCACUUCUUCUUGGAUUGAAAUCUGGUCUAAAAAAAGCUAAGCAAAGAUCCUAUCUACUUUUCAGACAUUAAAAACUCAAAUUUCCUUGUUUGCUUUUAGUAGUGAUCAGAAUGCAUGUCAGUUAUAUUUUAGCCAUUCUAGAAAACCAAUCAAGUUCUGUGUAACAAGUUGUAUGACUCAUAACAUUUAACUUAUUACUGCCUUACUCAUGCCGAUGGUCAUUUUAAUAAAUGUAAUCUUUUUUGUUUGUUUGUUUUCUAACGUUUUGGACUUAACUGACUUCAUUAAAAUACUAAUACAUGACAAUGUGUGUUUACAGCUCUGGCCAAAAGUUUUGCAUCAUCCUGUAGAAUGAAGUUUGCUUCAUGAAAUUGAAUAAA